UUAUACGUAUAGUUAUGUGAGUCUCUCAAAUAAUUAUCUAAAGUCCACUUCUUUUAGACGUUCUUUAACUCGCGUCAGAGAUUUUAGGAUAGAAUUCUACAAUUUUUAUGUAAUUUUAUGUUAUGUAAUUUUUCUCAUAUAUAAUACGUAUUGCGAAUCUGCAAAUGUCUUGCACAUGACGCGUAAAAUUAUAAGCAGAGUUAUAUCUGGAAUUCUGACGCGAAUGGACCGUUUAAAAUAGACUUUAACGAUACCACGGGGGAUGUAGGACAAAAAACGCUCAACAUUACGAAAGAACACCUAAUGGAGCUAUCAUCGGAGCUACGAAAAAUUUCACGUCGAAAAAGUUUACUCCUAAAAUAGACAACAAUUUAUAGAGACAGAUAAUGUUCUCGGUUGAGGAUCUGUACGACACUCCUCCGGCAUGGUGGGAAAAGGACUGUGUGAAAUACGGGUAGCUUCUGAAGCCUCGUCAUCGAUUUUACCUGAGAGUAACCUCUUAAUUGAUCGACAUAGGUUCAGCUACAUACCGGUGAGAUUGCGAUUAACGUUGCUGAUGGGAAGUAACGUGGUACGAUUAACGGAUCGCGCCUACAUGACGCGACUCACGUCGAGUCUGCAGGAGGAUUACGAGGAGCAGCAGAGGGCUCGCGCCGAACGAAGGAAGCUGAAGACUAUCACGGCUGUGCCAAAAUUGUGUGAAUUAUUGCCAGAGGCAUUGCUGAAGAAGACGAAGGCUCAUCGGCGCGAGUGCACGCCGAAAUUUCACGCGGAGGCGGCGAAAAAAUGCAAACAACUUCCGCAGCUGUUACUGAAGAACGAGUCAGAGUCCUAAACGUCAGAGGAACUUUUAAAGUUCCGCGUAAUAAUCAUUCUCAUUUAUUUCGGCCACUUUGGUGACAAAACGUAAUCCAGUAAAAAUACAGAAUGAAGGAACAUUUCGAGUACAUGUCUGCGUAAUAAAUAACAAGCCAUCAUGAAAAUUU